CCAUCUUUCUUUUCUCUCUUCCCCCCCAAUUUCUCACCCCAUGGAAUCACGCAGUUCACCAUAUAUCAUACAAUCUACAUAUAUGAGUGUAGUGAAUUAGCUUCAGUACUCACACCAUACAAAAUUUCCUCUUCUCUGAUCAGCCAAUUUUUUGUUGAACUUUUCUAUAUACACUACAUUUCAACCCUUUAUAUAAUGUAAACCACGGUUGUAUUAUUUCUGUUGCUUUUUUUCAUUGUUAGUUGAAACAUUGUGUUUUUGAUUGACGCUUAAAUAUUAAAUACCAGUUGUUUGCAAACUCAUUUUGUUUAACUGAAAAGUUUUGUAUAUACAGAAUUACAAAUACACAUAUACUUUGUUUUGUAUUAUUGGAAAGUGAAGAGAGUAAGAUGUUGGAUCUCAAUGUAAAUGUAAUCUACGAUGAGAAUUACAUCGUUGACGAGAAGCUUCCGGAAGGUUCUGUAGCUGAUCAUGAAUCAGGGACGUCCAAUUCAUCAUCGUUACGAAAUGCGGAGGCUACAAGCAGUGCCGGAGGCGACGACGACACGUGUUCAACACGCGCCGACAACUUGUUCGCAUUCAAUUUCGACAUCCUCAAAUUUGGAGGAGUUGAUGCAACUAGCAGGAGCAACGCGUUUGUGACUCGGCAGCUGUUUCCGGUUCAUGACGGAGAGUUGAACCGGCCGGGACAGACCGAUCGGGUCAAUUUCUCCUCCGGUCGAUCCGGUUUUGGAGAUGAGCGAACAGUACUACAACAACAACCGCAGCAAGAGAAACCGCAAGUGAAGAAGAGUAGGAGAGGGCCAAGGUCCAGAAGUUCACAGUACAGAGGCGUUACUUUUUACAGAAGAACUGGUAGAUGGGAAUCACAUAUUUGGGACUGUGGAAAACAAGUAUAUUUAGGUGGUUUUGAUACUGCUCAUACAGCAGCAAGGGCGUAUGACAGAGCUGCAAUUAAGUUCCGGGGUGUUGAUGCUGAUAUCAACUUUAGCAUAAGUGAUUACGAGGAGGAUAUGAAACAGAUGAAAGACCUUGGUAAAGAGGAAUUUGUGCACUUGCUGCGACGCCAUAGCAAUGGUUUUUCAAGAGGGAGCUCCAAAUUCAGAGGAGUGACGCUGCAUAAAUGUGGCAGAUGGGAAGCUCGGAUGGGACAGUUCCUCGGAAAAAAGUAUAUAUAUCUUGGGCUAUUCGACAGUGAAGUAGAAGCUGCAAGGGCUUAUGAUAAGGCGGCAAUCAAAACUAAUGGUAGGGAGGCUGUUACCAACUUUGAGCCAAGUGCAUAUCAAGGGGAAACAAUCUCUGAACCGCAGAAAGAAGGUAGCCAACCUGAUCUUGAUCUGAACUUGGGGAUGUCGACCUCUUCUUCAAAGGAAAAUGACAAGUUGGGAGGCUCCUACUAUCAUCCUUAUGAUAUGCAAGAUGCAACAAAAUCAAAGAUGGAUAAACCUGGUCCAGUAAUAGUUGGAAGUUCACAUCUCAAGGGACUACCAAUGACGUCCAAACAAGCUCACUUGUGGAGUGGAGCUUAUUCUAAUUUCUCUCCCACCUACGAGGGAAGAGCAUCUGACAAGAGAAAGGAUACAGGUUCAUCACUAGGACCCUCAAACUGGGCAAUGCAAAUGCCCACUCAGGUUGAUACAGCCCCAGUGUCGAUGUUCUACACUGCAGCAUCAUCAGGAUUCUUAACUCCGGCUUCUGCUUUUAUCACUUCUUCAGCAUCUCCCGUGGCACCCUCAACAAAUGCGUCUCAAUACUAUUACCAGUUCAGCCCCCACGUACCACCUCCAUAGCAUGUCUUCCUCGGUGAUAUGUAAUCAAUGUACAGCACUUCUGGCUAGCAACUACCUCUCUUUUCACCUUUUCUCUCUUUUUUGACCCAUUACGCCCUUGGGGUUUCAAAUGCUCCUCCAUAGAAAGAUUCCUAGUGUAUCAUCUGUAGCAAAAUUAUGAAUGGGAGCUAUCAAUCCGGACCAUAUUGAAAAGGUUCUUGAGAUACAUCAUGGAAAAGUAACAAUAUUAAGAAACGAAGUCCAAGAAUGAAGAACAGGUAGAAUUACUGAAUGAAUACGAGUUCCUGUGCUCACUCCUAUAUAAUGUUCCUCAAACAAGCCUUUGCCUUUGCACUUCCAUGACGAAUAAUAUCUACAACUCCAGCACGUAUGUCUGCGGUAGGCGGACAGGAACCUAGCUAGGCUUUUUCCCUUUAGCGUGGUGGACCCAAAAUCCAGUUGGAUUUUAAUUGCUCUUAAUUCAUGUGUAUGGUCCCUUUAGAACACUUUUCUUCGUUUUGACUCAAAUUUGGUACUGCUGAGGCUUUUCUGCUUUCUGGUAGGUUGCCCUUCAUAUGGAUCUAUUGCUUUUAAGUUUUAAACACACAUUAAAACUUGUGGU